CUCAUAUUUUCCUAUACUUCCACCUUCUUCAACUCCCUUGCAGGUUGUCAUGGAUAGAGCCCUCCCCCUUGAAGCCCGCUUAGCCCUCCGGCAAGAGCUGCUCGAUUCCAAUGACAAAUUCCUGCUCGAUCUUCCCAAAGUCGAACUUCAUGUGCACAUCGAGGGCACCUUGACUCCCGAGCUGAGAUGGAAGUUUGCCCAACGAAAUGGUCAGGUUCUGAAGCUCGAACGCACUGGCACCGUGUACCACAGCCUGGAGCAGCUGAAGGCGUCCUAUACCAUCAUCCAGCCUCGGCCCGGCCAUGGAAUUGACAACGCCGAAGAAAGCUUCACCUUCUUCGAGGCCUACUAUGGCGGCUUCGAGAUACUGGUCACCCACCAGGACUUUUACGAGCUAGCCAUGCAUUACUUUGAGCGCGUCGCCGCCAUGAAUGUUCGGCAUUGCGAGCCCUUCUUCGACCCUCAGGGCCACACACGACGGGGUGUCACUUGGGACACCAUGAUGGGAGGGUUCCGCGCAGCCCAGGAAGUGGCAGAGAAGAACCUGGGGGUACUCGCGAGCUGGAUCAUGUGCUUUCUGCGCGAUUUGACGCCACAGUCGGCCAUGGAACACUACCAAGCUAUGCUGCCGUACCGAGACAUGGUUGUCGGCAUCGGCCUCGACUCCGAUGAGAACGACCGCCCUCCCAGCCUCUUCGCAGAUGUAUUCGCUCUGGCUAGAGAGGCCGGCUUACACAUCACGGCACACUGCGAUGUGGGAAACAAGGACACGCACAAACAUAUACACCAGGUCGUGUCGACACUAGGUGGUUCCGGAGCGCACCGCAUAGACCACGGUCUGAAUGCCGCCCAGAGUCCAGAACUUUUGCGCCUCAUCAAGGAGAAAGGCAUUCCCAUGACGAUUACCCCGUGGGGCUAUCUCCGCCACGAGCCUGUCGACGAGAUCUUCCCCAGGAUCCGCGCCCUAUACGAUGCGGGCAUCUGCUUCGCCAUUGCGAGCGACGAUCCAGCUUACAUGGAGGACACAUGGAUCCUGCACGACAUGCUGCUGGUCAAGAAGAUGUGCGCCUUUAGCAAUCAGGACAUGGCGACCCUCGCUAGAAAUGCGGCCGAGAUGUGCUGGGCACCUGAGGCCGUGCGGACCGAGAUCUUGCGCGAGAUUGAGAGUGUGGUGGCUAGAUAUGGUAACUAG